UAUGAGACACUACGAGUCCUUUCAUGAUUCCAAAUGUGCCAGUACGUCAUCGCCGCAUUUGACAGUUGCUUAAAACUCUCGGCACCAAUUCACCGCCUGCCGCUAUUUUACGACAAGACGCAACAAGAUGCUUUCAUGGCCACUUCAUAAAAUUCCUCAUUUCUCAGCUUGCAGUUGUAUGGGCAGCGAACACAUUUAUCCUGCAUCGUAUAUCCCGCCCCGCCUUGUAAUUGUAAGCCGCAUGAUCUGCAAAGACGAACAACUGGAGACCCCAGAAACGACAAAGGGGGAGGUGUUGUGUGCGACGGAUUUCACGGGCUUUAACGGAAUAUAAGAAUUUUGACUCCUGAUCAUUCAAAUAGUUCAUUGUUGAUUCGAGGCCAUGAACCGUGAAACCCGACAUAACUACUACGAUUCCUGUUCUUUUGGAAAGGAUGAGUCCUCCUAGACUCCCUUACCCGAGUUACGCCCCGAGAUACCCCCCUCAUCAGCUGAACGCCGGGGACGGACUUGGGCCCCAUCUGGCUGACUUAUAGAUAGAUACAUAGCCUGACUAAAUCGACGGUCCUGGUUGGAUUCGAAUAAUACAACUGCCAUCAAGUUAUCUGCAUACAAACUGGCGACUUUGAUCCAACAUGGCAGGCGCACUCGGCAACUUAAUCAACAAGAAAGCUUUGGCGAACACUCCUAAAGAGGUGUUCAACCUCUACGUAUUUUUUAUCGCCUUUGCCCUCUCCUUCAGUGGUGGUCUUCAUGGGGCUAACACCAGUAACAUAUCUGGCAUUUUGGCUAUGCCAGACUUCAUUGCUACUUUUAACUUGAAACAUUAUUCGGCUUCUGCUGCGAGUGACAUCAAGGGUUGGAUUACCAGUGUCAUUGUCCUCGGUGGUCUCAUUGGUGCCUUGACCUCUAGUCCAUUCAAUGACAGACUCGGUCGGCGAUGGACAUUGUUCCUUAACGCUCUUAUCUAUUCUGUCGGCACCAUUGUUCAGCUUGUGGCUUCUGGCAACAUCAAGCAGGUCAUUGGGGGGCGAGCCAUGCAAGGCUUCGCUUCUGGUGCUGGUACAGUCACCGGUACCCUUUUUUUAGCCGAAAUCGCUCCAAAGGCAAUCCGAGGAGUGCUAGGUGCCUUUUUCUCUUUCAACAUCAUGCUUGGUGUUUCUCUUGGUUACUGGGUUAAUUAUAUUGCCAUCCUCCACAUAUCUCCCAGCUCCCACUGGCAGUGGCGAAUGCCCGUUCUCUUUCAACUCUACCCUGGUAUAAUUCUCCUAUCUGCCCUUCCAUUAUUGCCCGAAUCUCCUCGAUGGCUCAUCCUCAGGGGAAAGAACGAUCAAGCCCUUCGUGCUCUGACCAGAAUCCGGCGUCUUCCUGAAGAUCAUCCCUAUGUACAAGAUGAAUACAAGGAAAUCGCUUCUUCUGUCAGCGCCGAGAUCGAAAUUGCUCAUUCUAGCUCCUGGCUUGGUCUCUUCCGAGAACUCAAGAAUGACCGGACCCUCCUCCGACGAUUCGUUCUUGUAAUGAUUGUUCAAAUUGGUUUCAACUUCUCUGGAGGUAACUCGAUCACCUAUUAUCAAACUUCUAUCCUCUCCACCAUCAACGUCACGACCACCGACGGGGCUUACCUCUUUUCUGGUAUCUACGGUCUCAUGAAGGUACUCGCCGUCCUCGUAUACGCCUUCUUGCUCUCGGAGCGAUUUGGUCGGAGAAAAAUGCUACUCAUCGGUGCGACCAUCAACAUCCUCUGUGUACUAUGGAUUGCUAUCUACCUCGGUGCUCUAGCCGGUCACAACAAGGCCGCUGGAUGGGUUGCCAUCGCUGCCGUUUGCCUCUUCGCCAUCGGCUAUGGUAUUGGCUGGGCACCUGUAGCUUUCGGUCUAAAUGGGGAAGUUUUUCCCAACAGAAUUAGGGCCAAAAUCAUGUCCCUCACUAUUGGCAUGCAAUACCUUGCCAACUUCUGUCUCACGAGAUUCUUCCCGAACAUGAUUGCCAACAUUGGCUCUUUCGGUCCCUUUGCUAUAUUCGCUUGCGUCUCCGCCCUCAUCUGGGUCUACGUCUUUGUCGCCUUGCCCGAGACUAAGGGCUUAUCGAUCGAGCAGAUGAGCUCCCUUUUCGGCGGCCAUUGGUUCCAGAACGGAUUUAAGAAGGCGGACGGUAAGGUACCCGAGCCCGAGAAUGUCACACCAACCGAGUACGAUGGGGCCGAAGAGGCAGAAAAAGAAUACAGCCAUGUCGAGAAAAUUAAUACUGUAUAAAAGUCUGCUAAUUGUUUCUCAUAAGUAGAAACGAUGUUUCCUAUGAUUAGGAAGGCAUGCCAAGGCUUUGAAAAUGUAUGAUAUUACGAUCGGUACCAAGCGUAGGAUCGGAAAAAAAAUUGUUUUGUUAGCAUUGUUGUUAUUUUAUAUGACAUGCCAUAUCGUGUAUGCCAACUGCACUUGAUGCAUAAUUGUACUGGG